UAAUGUUUUCCCCACCGCUAGUUCUUGAGACGAAAACUCGAAAAAAUUAAUCAGAGAAAAAUUUAAAUAAAAUGGAUCGCACAUUUUACGAGGGCUGGCUUAUCAAAUCACCGCCCACCAAACGGAUUUGGCGCGCUCGCUGGCGUCGACGUUGGUUUACACUGAAGCAGGGCGAGAUACCCGAACAGUUUUGCCUUGAAUACUAUACCGAUCACAAUUGCCGUAAACUGAAGGGUGUCAUCGAUUUGGAUCAAUGUGAGCAAGUCGAUUGCGGCCUACGUCUUGAGAAUCGCAAGCAGAAAUUUCAAUAUAUGUUUGAUAUCAAGACACCGAAACGUACCUAUUAUUUGGCAGCGGAAACCGAAGAAGAUAUGCGGGAUUGGGUCAAUUGUAUAUGCCAAGUGUGUCACUUGCAUGAUACCAAACAGUCCAACGAGCUGCCGUUAAGUGCUGCUGGUGGAAUAGGAGCAGGUGGAGUAGGAGGAGUGGGUUCAGGAGAUGACAAUCGCACGCAACAUACUAGCUCGAGUGGUGGGCUAAGUAAUUCUACACAAAAUACAACAACCACUUCAUUGCAUUCAUCGGCGGGAACUACCACCACAACGACAGGACAACAGUCACAGGGUGGUGGUGGUGCAUCAUCGACACUUCUGCGUCGUCCACAGGCGGUAAUAGAGCAACAGCCCAUGCCGCAUCAGACUCCGGCAAUUGCUGCCGCCACAAAUAACAAUUCCGACUCGGUCUAUGUGAAUACCAAUAGCACGGACUACAACAAUCGUUUGACUUUACUCUGUGAUGGGAAUUUCGAGCAGCAGCAUUUGCUAUCGGCUGCCCAACAACAGCCGCCACCAUCACCAGCCACGGCUCUGUAUUUGAAUCACAGUGCCCUAAUCCAAGCGCAGGCUCAAGCCCAAGCAGCGGAACAGCAACAGGCCGCACGGCUGGCCAUAAGCUCGAAUGGUGUGGUACGCAAAUUACCCGAACAUUUGGUUCUAACCCAACAGACUUUGGCCGAGGCGCAAGCCCAGUCAUUGGGUGGAGCCCAACAGCAGGCUCCCUCACCAGCUUUAAGCACCGCCUCCGGACCGUAUAUACCAAUUAGUGAAUGUUUUUCGGGUAGUCCCAAAUUCUUGACUGAAAGUGGACAUCGCGUGGAUAUACCACAUAAUCCAACAACGCCGCUAAAUAAUUUAGAUCCCAAAUUCUAUGAUACACCCAGAAGUCAUAAUAAUAUUGGUCUCAAUUUGACCAACGAUCAAUCCUAUUCACCCAAAAUAACCAAUUUGAGCUUGCAGCAACUGGCAGCUAAUGCCAUUUCUGGACAAAAGCAACGUUCCGAUUCGGAUUCCGAAAGUGUGUUUACCGAUGAUGAUGAAUGGGCUCAUCCCUUGCCAUUAAGGGAAAAUGUGGAUCGCAGUACCCGGCCUUCGGAUAGUUCAAUAGAGAAUGAAUCAUUCGUUUUAACCUACUCACAGCGUUUCUCGAAAAUGCCUGAAGAUGGCAGUGGCGGCGGUGGAGCAACGACUCCAAAUGCCGAUGCGGUGACAUCUACAGCUUCAGUGCUAACACCACCUCCUCUCAAGCAGGCAGCAGAUCAACAUCACACAUUAGAAAAGUUGGCCAAAGUAUUGAAGAAUAAAAAUAAUCUCAUAUUGGAUUUUAAGGAUAAUGAAAAAAUUCCACGUGAUUUGCCACAAUUAUCGGAUACAGAGAACACUUCACCGGCCAUUGUGGCACGUCGUCAUGCCAAUUCCUCGUUGAUCGAAGAGAGCUAUGACAUUCCACGUUCGCAUCAAUUGCCGUAUUACAAUGUUAAUCAAUUGCUUGGCGAGCGACCCAUGACCAGUCCUCAUAAUACCAAUCCAAUAGCAGCUUCCACUCCCAAUCUUAUGGCAGAUGUGGCUGCCAUCUCAUCAUCAUCAACGGCAGGAGCAGCGGCAGCAGCUGCACUCACUGGAGGUCCCACUCCAUCCCCAUCAGCUGUUAGUGCAAGUGCUCGUACGUUGCCACGCCCCCAUUGUUAUACAAAUGCAGCGCCCACCAAAAUGGAGGGCAAUGUCUUUCGUUAUGAUUUCAUAGAGCAAAAGGAUUGUCCGCCUGUGAAUCGUAAACUAAAGCCCAAGGUAGCAGCAACAGCUGGAGCCCCUGGUGGCUUGGCUACUGUCGAAGAUAAACCACCCGAAGAGUUUCCAGCCAAGCCGCCAGUGGGAGCCAUGGAGCAUCUAACUACCAAAUUUUAUGUAGCUCAACUGCAACAGCAACAGACAGCAGCAGCAGCAGUUGGUGGUGUAGGAGCUGUUGGACCACCUAGUGUGGAUCGUAAAUGCAAACCAAAUGCAUACAAGCUUGGAUCAUCGGCUACCAUGUCACCGGCAACACGUCGUUCGACAGGAGCACCCCUAUCCAUGGUGUUGCCCCAUGAAACGGAUGUCCAUUCGCCGGCAGCUGCAGCUUAUUUCCAUGAGACGCGCACCCUGCCCCGGCAACAGCAUCGACCACAUCCCAAUAGUCCCGGUAGUCAUUCCGUGCAGCAUCAGCGCACUGCUUCGGCUGCGGCGGCCAUGAUGUCAACAUCUUAUUUAGCAGUAGCUGCCGCUGCCGCAGCACAAAAAUCCCAACUACCUCCCGCAGCAGCCGCUCCCGCCGCAGCCCACACAGAGCACAAAUUACAAUACUUUGAUCUGGAUGUGACCAAUAAGCCACCUCUGCUCAAUCGUCAGAGUAUGAGUGUUGGUAAUCUCUAUACCCAGGGUGCUGGCACAAGUGCUGCCGCAGCUGUUGCCAUAGCGGCUACAGCUCAGGCUCCCGUGCGCAGCACGGUGGUCUAUAAUUUGGUUGAUUUUGUUAAAACUGAGGCCUUUAAGCGUAUACGCGAGGAACGCAACAAGGAGAGUAGCGAAACUAAAUAGAAUAGAGCAUAGGGAGAAAGGAGCAGCAGGGGAUGCAAAGGCAGGCAGCUCCAAGUCAGAAGAAUGACAACGUGCAAUAAUUUUCAGUCCACGUGGUUUUAGUAGUGCCUAUAUAUAAAUGUGGGAGAUAUCUCCAUUUAUCUAACAUUCAAAAAUUCAAAUCGAUCAAAAGAAAAGAAGAUUUUCAAGUCCUUUAAACAGGCUUUAUUAUACUAUUAUUAUUAUUAUUAUUCCUCGUCACUCUAGAACAAUUGUUUCUCGAAAUAACUUUCCGAUCAAAUAUUGAAUGCGAUUUUGAGAUUAUCUUAUAUCGUAUAUACAUACAUAUAUCAUAUAGCAGUGAUAAGUUAUUAUGCACCUUGUGCUUCUCUACAAAAAUACAAUAUACAUUUACAUACAUACAAACAAAUAUCAAAUCUGUUGUGCUUCCAACACUUCCACAAGCUAAUGCUAAUUUAUUUUAUACAUACGUACAUAUACAUAUAUACAAAGGGAUAUAUUUAUAUGAAUAUCAUAUUUGUAUUUUUUUUUUUGUUCUUAAGUGUUAGGGCCUUAAUAUCAAAA